AUGGUCGCUCCAAAAGGAACAGCAGAUUCGAUUCCAUUAUUAAACAAUGAAAAUAGUGAUGACAAUGAUAGUAUGAUUCCAGAAGAUUAUGUUAAUACAUCGUUUAAGAAUAAUAAGAAAUUCAAAUUGUUUCAUGAUAAUGAUAGUUUUGUGACAAAACCAAAUACAAUUCAACAAUGUUUGCCCAAUCUUCAUUCACUUGGAGAAUUGCUUUUGCCGUGUUUCUGUCGACAGAUAUUUACAUUAACAGUUAUAUUGAGCUUAUUAUGUAUGUUGGUCAGUUAUGCGUUAGCAGGAAGUCAAGCGUAUGCCACGUUAUUUCGUAUCAAAUAUUUGAAAAUGAUUCCCGUCUUUUGUUGGACAUGGACAUUUUGUAUUGUAUUUCUUCAUCAAUUUAUUCAACCUAUUAUAUCGGUAUUAACAUUUUUAAAAGGAAUUAUUGUGACGUUAAUGGUUGGUUUAAAAAUUCAAAAUACUGUGACACAUAGUUACAAUCAUAUCGGUGAUUCAUUCUUAAUGAGUACAAUUGCACUAGGCGGUCUAAUGAAUAUUAUGCCAUUGAUGUUUACGAAAUUGAAACAAACACGCCAUGAAAUAAUGGGUUUUAAUUUGGCAUGUUUUCUUGGUUUGACAACAUGUGUCAUUUUAAAUCUUCUCUGGUGUUGGUCAGUACUGGCUGUCGUUCCUCAGCGUAGUGUUUGUUUAUCGAAUGAUUUGAAUCUAACAAUAAAUUGGCAAUAUAAUUUGAUGAAUGAAACACAAGUACAACAGCAUUGUGUUGAAAAACCAUCAUUACAGAAAGCUGGAAUCAAUGGUGAAAUAUCAACUGUACCACUAAGUAGUAUUAUUGAACAUGAUUAUAAAUAUUAUUCAUGGGUAUCAUUUAUUGUGCAGUUAUUUAUUGUUACUAGUAUAUCUGUAUCGUAUAUGACCAUGGGAUCAGCAUUACAUCACACAAUUAAAGGCGUUGUUGAUUCCUAUUGGAAUCCGUCGAUUGAAGCCGAAACAGAUUUAAGAAAAUAUGGAAAUUUAUUUCAAUAUGUUACUGUGAGAAAAAUGACUCAAGCAUUUGUUUCAUUAGUCAUUUUUACGAUCGUCUUUGGUAUUGCUCUCAGUAAUCCUAAAAGUUUUAAAACAAUUCUGGAACAAGCUGGUUCGCUGUUUACAAACAUUGAAAUGGGCAUAUUUUUAAGCAUAAUGAUUUAUAAAGUAACAUCUCCAAAAUUUGGAACAAUGUCAAAGAAACCUCCACCCAUUGGAUUUGAGAAAGUACUUCAACCAUGUCCCACAAUUGGCUGGAAUUUGGGGAACGAUCAGGAAAUAGAUGAUAAUCAGAAUGCCAAUGAACUAUUUUAUCCAAUACGUAAGCUUACUUUUAGUUUAAUAUUCGUGCAUACAUACUUCUGAAAUCUCAUCUGUAUCUUGAAAUGUUACUACUGAUACUAUCCCUUUCAAAAAACGGUGCUCAUGGAUAUUUUUCGAAUAACUCGAGAACAAAAAGUGGUGGAAAAACGUGGUUUUCAUAAUACUUGAGAGAAAUGUGACUGCAUUUUCUGGCAUAGGAAUGUUUUUUUAAAAUCGGACG